AUGUCUGCCCUUAAUGUCGACAAUUCGGCACUCUGCAAAGACAUCCCAACAAAUCCAUUGUCUCCGGUCGAUCUUUCGCAAUAUGCCCAGAAAGAUCCAGGCUCCCAAUCACCGAGUAUUAUUUAUGAGGGCUUCGCCUUUUCCAAGGCUAUGCCCGAGGAAAGUGCUACCUGGACAUGCGUGAAACGGACACCCAUGCAUCUGAAUCAAGACGAGUACUCCAAACUGGUCCAGAAGAGGGCAAAUAAGAAGUCCACAGCGCAGCAAUACCAGGGCCUACCCUCUGAUACCCAACGCGCUCAUAUCAAUCAACUGAUUGACGAACUAAAGCACAAUAAUCCACUUGUUGAGUGGAGCUUCGUCUAUGUUAAAGAGCACACAAAGCUAUCCAAGGCCCGACAUACUCGUCGCCGUGACCAUGAAAUGGGCACCAUGGAUGUCAUAGUCAUGCAAACGCCCAUGAGGGCCCAAGCAUAUUCCAGGCUUUGGUCGGAUACAAAUAAUUCGCCUAUAUGGUCUCGUCACGGGCAGCAUCCUCUACCGCCAGACCAAAAUGGGAAUAUUUUGCGGCCUGUACUUCAACUGCUGCCCUCCCAACUGGCCCAAGCGAUGAUUCCUUUUGCACCUUUGAAUGCAACUCAGGGCCCGGCCUUUCCGGAUGGCCAGUUUGUAAAUGCACAUCCAGAGCUUGAGACAAGUCACUCAACAGCAUCGCGAGACCAGUUGCGUGAAUCUGCCAGGUCAAAUGUAGCCAGCAACAGUGGACUAGCAGGUCCGGGCUUCAGUGUUACAAACAAGGGCAACAUGAGUCUUGAGCAUACUUCAGAUUGUUCAUCUGAUAGUGACAGCGACUCAGAUGAUGCAUCUAUGCUCUCUGAUCAAUCAGAUGACACAUCUGCAACAGACGACCUAGAAAGCAUGGAGACCGAGACCGAGACUGAGUGUCAAGAACCACAACUAAAUCGGGCCUCUAUCCGACAACAGAAUGCCAGUCCUUAUCGUCGCGAGUCGAUUUAUGGGCCUCAUUCUCCUCGGAAGUCCCAAAGCCGUAGCCUUGACAGAAGACAUGACAGGAAUACCCGUCUCCGCGACCAAUUUGAGGUGCCUCCAGCCAAGACUUUUAGCCCAAGACGGGCUGAGAACGCUCGAUCAGGCUCAGUGCCCGGUAAAAGAUAUCGAAUGCAGCUUAUUAACGACAAUGAGAUUCGCAGCCGAAUGCUUGAUCACCGUGAAGCAAGCCUUGGACACCGGGAGAAAUGGCUGAAGAAAACCAUUUCUGAAGCGCGUCAGCUUGAGCGUCGUCAGCCAGUGAAGGAUCAGCCAACAGUAUGUCGCUGUACCUGCCGUUGUGCAAUCAAGAAGAGUGAAGCUGCAUGA